AUGCGGCUGCCAUCGUCACUCCAGCUAUCUCUCGCUCUCACCCUCUCACUACCGGUCUCUACGGUCGCAGCACGGAGCAAUUACUCCGAGGCCUCCCUCAUAUCUCCGCUCUUCUCCGCACUCGACGAUCGUCCAGACGGUUGCCCACCGUGCUUCAACUGCCAACUAGACGCGUUCCAGUGCGCCCAGUUUGCCGACUGCGAUAAGUUCACCGGGAAAUGUGUCUGCCCACCAGGGUUUGGUGGCGAUGAUUGCGCGCAGCCUCUGUGUGGGUCGCUAGCCGACGGUCACCAGAGGUCCCCCCGACAGGGCGACCAGUGCGCGUGCGAAGAUGGCUGGGAAGGAAUCAACUGUAACGUGUGCCAAACGGACGAUGCAUGUAAUGCGAUGAUGCCAGAAGGUGAAGGGGGUGUUUGCUACAAACAGGGUGUUACUGUCAAAGAGAACUUUCAGAUGUGUGAUGUGACCAAUCGCAAGAUCCUUGAUCAGCUGAAGGAGCGCAAGCCUCAGGUGACGUUUUCUUGCGAGGCCGAAGACCAUACUUGCAACUUUCAAUUCUGGGUGGGGCGAGUAGAGUCGUUCUAUUGUGGUUUGAAUAAGUGUCAGUGGGGUUUGGAGACUACCCAUAGUCAGAACAGAACCCACUACACGUGCGAAAGCAUCAACUGCGAGUGUAUUCCAGGGCGCAUGCUUUGUGGCGAGGAAGGAUCCAUCGAUAUCGGUGACUUUCUCAGGGAGUCAAUCGUGGGACCUGCCACGUUCACCUCGGUCUCCACUGAGGGUGGCAGCCCGGAAGAUGGUAGCACAUUCCAGGAGCCAGCUAUGGACGAGUUGAUCAAAGCUGUUUUCGGCGACAAGAGUAUCACUUUGAAUUGCAAUGCCGGCGAGUGUCUGUAUCGGACUGAUGUUCCUGGCUACACACGCCCGGUCAAACAGAUCAAUACCCCUCUUAUCGCAGGCGUCAUCGCGGGAUGUGCCCUCUUCGUCGUUGCUGUCAUUCUGUCUGUGUGGUAUCUUUCACGCAGGUCGUAUUUCGGUCGCAUCCAGUUGCCUCUUUCGGAUGACGAGGACGACGAAGCGGCCAAGCUCCUGGCAGAACACAAGCCAGCGGCCUUGUAUUGGGACGGUGUCUCGUACUUCUUGAAUGGAAAGGAGAUUCUCAGUGGUAUUCAAGGUUCUUCUCAGCCUGGUCAGAUUACCGCUAUCAUGGGCGCCUCGGGUGCAGGAAAGACGACCUUCCUUGACAUCCUUGCUCGGAAGAACAAGCGGGGUACUGUCCGUGGCGAUUUCUAUGUUAAUGGGGAGAAGAUCAGUGACCAUGACUUUAAGAGUAUGAUUGGUUUUGUCGAUCAGGAAGAUACUAUGCUUCCCACCUUGACUGUGCACGAGACUAUCUUGACAAGUGCGUUGCUCCGGUUGCCGCGAGACAUGAGCAGGGCUGCGAAGGAACAGCGAGUGUUUGAAGUUGAAAGGCAACUUGGGAUAUCCCAUAUAAAGGACCAAUUGAUCGGAUCUGAGGAAGGCAGAGGUCGGGGCAUCUCGGGUGGUGAGAAGCGCCGAGUUGGCAUCGCAUGCGAGUUGGUUACCAGCCCGAGUAUUCUCUUCUUGGAUGAACCUACAAGUGGAUUGGACGCAUAUAACGCAUUCAAUGUGAUUGAGUGCUUGGUGACAUUGGCCAAAACGUAUAAUCGCACUGUCAUCUUCACUAUUCACCAACCGCGCUCCAACAUUGUUGCUUUGUUUGACCGAUUGAUUCUCCUAGCUAAAGGAAAAACCGUCUAUUCUGGACCGUUCUCCACGUGCCAAAGAUACUUCGAUCAAUCAGGUUACUCUUGCCCACCAGGCUUCAACAUUGCGGACUAUCUUGUCGACCUCACGAUGCACGCUAGUGUGACCCGCUCUCACAGCGACGCGGUCGAACAGCUCUACUCGCGCAAGAAGGAUCCAGAAGCUCCCCCUACCCCGAAAACCGAUGAAGAAGACGAGCUAUUGGAUGAUGCCGCCGAGGACAAUCAGCAAUGGCUGCGUCUUUCUCGUCAAACAGGCACCACUCCAUCCCAAAUCAUGGAUGACCCAGAUCAGCUACCCCCAGCGGCCCCGGGACAGACAGACCUCGACAUCUUGGUUGCAAACUAUGCAGCAUCGGACAUCGCACGCUCCGUCCAUGAUGAAAUCAUGGCGGCCAUACAGCAUACACGCGCAGCGAACGGGUAUACCAACCCCGAGCUGAUGUCUGCUCCUACUGGAACCGGCAAGACAUACGCUCGCAUUGGCCUCUUGCGACAGUUCCUUAUCCUGUCACAACGGACCUGGCGUAACCUGUAUCGGAAUCCUAUGUUGAUGCUCACGCAUUAUGCAAUUUCUAUCCUCCUCGCUGUUCUGUGCGGUUACCUCUUCUACGGCUUGACCGACGACAUCAAGGGCUUCCAGAACCGGUUGGGUCUGUUUUUCUUCAUCCUCGCAUUGUUCGGGUUCAGCACGCUUACCAGUCUAACGGUGUUUUCCGGGGAGCGACUGUUGUUUGUACGCGAGAGAGCGAAUGGCUACUACCACCCGAUUACCUAUUUUGCGGCCAAGGUGGUGUUUGACAUCGUGCCCCUCCGGCUCCUCCCCCCUAUCAUCAUGGGUAUCAUUGUGUAUCCCAUGACUGGCUUGAUUCCGGCUUGGGGUGAAUUCUUCCGUUUCAUCUUGGUACUUGUUCUCUUCAACCUCGCGGCCGCCAAUAUUUGCUUGUUCAUCGGUAUCAUCUUCCGGGAUGGAGGCGUGGCCAACUUGAUUGGGAGCCUGGUGAUGCUGUUCAGUCUGCUCUUCGCUGGUCUCCUGCUCAACCACGAUGCCAUUCCCAAGUCUGCCUUGUGGCUGCAAACUCUUUCCAUAUUCCACUACGGCUUCGAGGCUCUGAUCGUCAAUGAAGUAACGUAUCUGACCCUGAUUGAUCACAAAUACGGCCUGGACAUUGAAGUUCCCGGCGCGUCCAUUCUGAGCGCUUUUGGAUUUGAUACCCAAGCUCUAUGGACUGAUGUCAUCGGACUGGCCGUCAUCUCGGGUGCAUUCAUCGUAAUCGCAUAUAGCGCGAUGCAUAUUCUGCUGGUUGAGAAGCGGUGA